AUGAGUCACCACUACCACCAUUGUUGCACCUUCUUCUUCAUAUUCUUCUCUCUGUUCAUAUUCUUCCCAUCACUUUCCAUCUCCCUCAAAACCCUAACCUCCCACCAACCUCUCACCACAAACCAGACGUUAAUCUCUGCUGGAGAUGUUUUCGAGCUGGGUUUCUUCACACUUCCAGGAGAAUUAUGGUACGUGGGAAUCUGGUACAGGAACAUCCCUCAAAGAACAAUCGUCUGGGUUGCUAACCGAGACAAUCCACUCACCACAAACCCAUCAGCCGCGGCGCUCACCAUAUCUAAUAACUGCAUCGUUCUUCUCGAUCAAGAACAGGCCCUUGUCUGGUCGUCAAACCAGACCAAGGUUGACGGACAACUUGAUGAUAAAACUCUUCUUGUAGAGCUUCUCGACAAUGGUAAUCUCGUUCUUAGGGAAGAAAACAAUGAUGACCCAGAAGAGUUUCUAUGGCAAAGCUUCGAUUUUCCAACUGAUACUUUAUUACCAGAAAUGAAACUAGGGUGGGAUCUUGAUUCUGGGUUUCACGGACUAACGUCAUGGAAACACACAGAUGACCCAUCUUCGGGAGAUUAUACUUACAAGUUAAAUUUCCAUGGGUUCCCGGAAUUUUUCAUCUCCAACGAACAGAAAAGAACGUACAGAAGCGGGCCGUGGAAUGGACUGAGGUUUAGUGGAGUACCAGAAAUGAAUCCUCAGAGUCAAAUAGCCUUCAAGUUCGUCUCAACAGACAACAAGAUCUUCUACUCUUACACUCUGGUCAAUAAAUCACUUCACUCCAGAUUAGUCGUGAACCCAUAUGGGAAUCUCGAGAGAUACACAUGGAUCGAAAACAUACAAGCAUGGCGCUUGUUCUGGUUCGCACCCAAAGACCAGUGCGACAAAUACCGCGAGUGCGGUCCAUUUGGGAUUUGCAAUCCGAAUUCAUCGCCGGUGUGUAAGUGUUUUAGAGGGUUCAGGCCGAGGAAUCCAGAGACAUGGAAGCUGCGAGACGGGUCGGGUGGGUGCGUGAGGGAAACGGAGUUGGAGUGCUUGAGUGAUAAGUUUUUGCAUGUGAAGAACAUGAAGUUGCCGGAGAGUGGAAAGGCGGUUGUGAAGAGAGAAAUGGGGAUUAAGGAAUGCGAGAAAGAGUGUUUGAAGAAUUGUUCUUGCGUGGCUUUUUCUAGCUCGGAUAUCAGUAAUGGCGGUGCGUCGGGUUGUGUGAUGUGGAGCGGUGAGCUUCUUGACACGAGAGAGUAUGCGGAUCGCGGACAGGAUCUGUUUGUCAGAUUGGCCGCUUCUGACAUCGGUGAUGAUGGGUAUGCUCGUGACCUAAUUAUAGGCAUCGUUGUUGGAGUUGGCAUUUUAUUGGUGGGUGUAGUUACCUGGUUCCUAUGGAAGAGGAAGAAGGUAUUAAACAAAAGGAAAUUAGCAAAGACAAAAACAAAAGGUACACUUGAAAGAAGCGAAGAUUGUCUGAUAAAUGAAAUGGUGAUUGCAAAUAAGAAAGAGUACUCGACUAGUGAGAGUAACGAAGAUGAGCUAGAACUCCCAUUAAUUGAUUUCAAUACUUUACAAAUGGCUACCGACAACUUCUCCGACGUUAAUAAACUUGGACGAGGUGGUUUCGGUUGUGUUUACAAGGGGAAAUUGAUUGAAGGCCAAGAAAUAGCUGUGAAGAGACUCUCAAAAAAAUCUGGACAAGGGAGUGAAGAGUUCAAGAAUGAGGUUAGAUUAAUUGCAAGGCUGCAACAUAGGAAUCUUGUCCGACUUCUCGGUUGCUGCAUCGAGACGGAUGAGAGGAUGCUGAUUUAUGAAUAUAUGGAAAACAGAAGCCUUGAUUCGAUUUUGUUCAAUAAAGCAAGAAGUUCUUUGCUAAAUUGGCAACAACGCUACAACAUCAUUUGUGGGAUUGCACGAGGAUUAUUAUACCUUCACCAAGACUCUAGGUUUAGAAUUAUCCACAGGGAUAUGAAAGCUAGCAACAUAUUGCUUGAUCGAGAUAUGAAUCCAAAAAUAUCUGACUUUGGGAUGGCUCGAAUAUUUGGAGGAGAUCAAACAGAAGGAAGAACUCAAAGGAUAGUUGGAACGUAUGGUUACAUGUCUCCUGAGUAUACAAUAAAUGGAAUUUUCUCGACAAAAUCCGAUAUUUAUAGUUUUGGCGUGCUCGUUUUAGAAAUUGUGAGUGGCAAAAGGAACUGGGGAUUUUAUCAGCCAGACAAAGAACUCAAUCUUCUUGGACAAAUAUGGGAGCUCUGGAGAGAAGGGAAGGGAUUGGAAAUCAUCGACUCGUCUAUGGGAGAAGAUUCGUACUCUAUAAAUGAAGUUCUUCGAUGCAUACAAGUAGGGCUUUUAUGCGUGCAAGAACGAGCAGAAGAUAGACCAACAAUGGCGUCUGUGGUUUUGAUGCUGAGUAGUGAAAAUCCAACAAUGGCAAAUCCUAAAACUCCUGGUUUUAUUCUUGGAAGAAGCCCUGCGGAAACUAACUCAUCUUCAAGUAAUAACUGUGACAAAAUGUGUAGCGUCAACCAAGUCACAGUCACAGAACUAAAUGCGAGAUAA